AUGCUCGAGACAUUACCCAAAACCACAGACGAGGCACCGAAACGCGCAAUCGACGUAGCGACGACGCUCACACAUGCCGCCGAGCAAGUUCGCAUCGUGCUUCUCGCAACGAACAUGUCGACGAUCGUGACAUGGCGCGUGAUGCUACUGGUACUGAAGGCUGAACCCGGCAACAUUGCAACCAAAGAUUCGAGACCAGCAGUCGGAGACAAUCGCGAAGCUCGAUUGCAAGGAACGUCGUCUGAACCGCAGGAAGGCCCAAGUGCUGACAAAUACGGGCCAUUCGCUGAUGGAGACCAACCUAAGGAGGUCGAAAUCUUUUGGUGUAUGGACAGCUCCUGGGUCAGUGAGCGGAAGCCAAGGAAGCCUGUAAAUGACUUGGUGCUCAAGGUCGCCCGUGAGAGAAAUAUCGACCACCUGGUUGUACGCGAAGGACCGCAUGAGCUGGAGGUGCCACACGUUACUGUUUGCUUUCGGUCUCGGAAGUAUGAUUCUCUGAGAGAACUGAAGCAGGAUUGGUGGACAGCGCAUCUGUACAUCGACGCUCUACCACAAGGAAGGGAAAAGCUGGUGCUCACCGGCGAGGAUUGGUGGAAUGACAAGCAGCCAUCGUACAAGGGCCCGCUAGGUCAUUAUCAGAAGAUUCCCUGGGACGUGGAGAGCGAACAAGUGCCCAAGGUCGGUCGCAGAUUGAUCUCCUAUGGCGACCACGGAGACGCCGGAUCAUGA